CAAUCUCGAAUCCAAUCCGAUCCAAUCCGAUCCGAAUCCGAAUCCGAAUCGACCAUGGCAACGCCAAAAAAGAAAGCUGUAUCCGCUUGGUGGAUCUCGGCGUUGAUCCUCGCGGCAACGACGGAAACGUCGGAAGCCUGGACGGCAGCGAUUCCGGCCACGGCGACCCGCCUUCCGGGCCCCCGCUGCSCCCGAUCUCCAGUUCUCACCACGGCAUUGUUUGCCAAAAAGAAAAACAAGAAAAAGGGGGGCGACGCCACCGCCUCUUCCAAGAUGCAGGUCAAGCUCCUCCAGCACAUCCCCGGAACCGGGCAGGCGGGAGACGUGAUCAUGGUCAGCCCCGUCUUCUUUUCCAACAAGCUUCGGCCCCAGAAACUGGCGCGGAAAAUCACCGACGAGGAGGUGCAGAAGGACCUGGAGGAAAAACAGGAGAAAUCGGCAGCUCUACAGGCGGAGGCGAGGGCYCUCAAGGAACUGAUCGACGACGAGGGACCGGCGCCGUCGUUUUUCCUGGAGUUUGCCGACAACCAAACGGGUCCCGACGGGAAGAAACUCUUUGGCGGCAUCGGUCCCAAGAAACUGAUGGAUGCCCUCCGCACCAGCUGCAAGGAAUUCGAUUCGUAUUCGAAAAAGUUCACCAAGCAGGUGUCCAUCACCGACAUCGAAGAGCGGGAAGAGGUGGAAAGAGAAACCGCCGCGGAGCCGGRGGCCGCGGGUGCGUACAAGGACUACUCAAAGCCGGAUUCGCUCGAGAACGCCGAAACAGAGAAAGAGAUAUCCGUCUCGUAUUCCUCGCUGCCAAAGAAAGACAAAAUGACCAUCAAGAACACCGGGAUCUUUCGAAUGAAGAUCUCGCUGACCAAKGAUUUGUUCGUCAAGGUGAAGGUCGUUGUGUCGUGAAAGAAAAACCAAUUUAUCGA